AAGGCUGCAGGCUGGAGAGGCUGGUAAGGCAGUGCUAGGUCGUCGGCGGUUCAGUGCGCACGCGCGGUUCUUACUAUAGUGUUCGGUAUAUUACACGAAAUGGCGGUGGACGUGCAGUCUGGGUACACGAAGCUUGAGGAACCGGUGAAGGAGGCUGAGGAGGUUCUGGGGGACUCUCAGAUCGCCAAGGUGUUCGCCGGCUCCACCAUCCUCGUGACUGGAGGCACGGGCUUCCUGGGUCGGCUGCUGGUAGAGAAGCUCCUACGGUCAUGUCCAGAUGUAAAGAAAGUGUACCUCCUCGCACGACCGAAGAAGAACAAGGACAUCAAUGAGAGGAUACGAGAACAGUUCAAUGAUGUGCUAUACGACAGACUACGGAAGGAGAGGCCAGACUUCCUCGACCAGAUUGGCCUGGUAGAGGGAGACAUAGGUGAGCUGAAUGUCGGCCUCAGUGAGGAGAGUAGAGCCAAGCUUGCCAAUGAGGUGGACAUAAUAUUCCAUGGUGCGGCGACUGUGCGCUUCGACGAGGCGCUGCCAAUCGCCGUGAACAUCAACGUGCGCGGCGCGCGGGAGAUGCUGCUGCUGGCCCGCGCCUGCCCCCGCCUGCGAGCGUACAUCCACGUCUCCACCGCGUACAGCAACUGCAACCUCAAAGAGAUCGAGGAGCGGUUCUACGAGUCACCCAUCGACGCGGAGAAGCUGAUCACGCUCACAGACAACAUCGACGCCAACACGCUCAGCAAGAUCACACCCAUGCUCCUCAACGGCUUUCCGAACACGUACGCGUUCACGAAGGCCGCCGCUGAGGACAUCGUCAAGAAGUACUCCAAAGGACUGCCCGUCGUCGUCUACAGACCCUCCAUAGUAAUAUCUACUGCCAAGGAGCCGGUGCCGGGCUGGAUCAACAACGUGUACGGUCCCACUGGGGUGGUAGUGAGCGCGGCGGUCGGGCUGAUGCACGUGCUGCACUGCAACCCGAAGGCUGUGGCGGACUUGGUGCCGGGCGACAUGGUGGUGAACUGCGCCAUCGCAGCCGCCUGGCGCAUGGCCCGGGACUUCCCCCGAAACGAGGAAGCGCCGACCGUGGACCAGGCGCCGGCCGUGUAUAACUUCGUGUCGUCGGUUGACAAGCCGCUGCUGUGGGAGAACUUCAUGAAGAUAUCGGAGGUGAACGGUCUGCCGAUCCCCCCGGCCAACGCCAUCUGGUACUACUCGCUCAUCCUCACCAACUCCAAGAUCCUCUACGAGCUGCUGUUCUUCUUCCUGCACUGGGUGCCCGCGUACAUCGUCGACGGCAUAGCGAUCUUACUGGGGAAGAAGCCGAUACUUCGGCACGCCUUCGACAAGAUCAAGAAGUUCUCCAAGGUCAUCAAAUACUUCGGCGUGAGGGAGUGGAAGUUCGAGAACGACAACACCAAGUCCCUCUUCCGCGAGAUGACUCCCGCCGACCAGGAGUCCUUCAAUUUUAACAUCGGAGGGCUAGAAUGGAACGAAUACUUCAAACACUACGUUAGCGGAGUCAGAAAGUAUCUUCUCAAGGAGUCGGAGGACAACCUCCAGUACGCUAGAAGAAAGAGCUUCGUGCUCAAGAUUUUACAUAACACGCUCAAGUACCUAGUUCUCUUAGGCAUCCUGUACAUAAGUUAUAAGCUAUUGUGUAUUUUGUAUUAGUUUAUUGCAAUGGACUGUAUAUAGGUUGUAGUCUUGUCCCGCCUUUCAGUCGAUGUGUUACUGACUACAGCUGUACUGCUGGCGCGGAAAAAUGAGCACCAAGUAAUCAAUUUGGUUAGGUAAAGUUUUAGUUCUUUAUAUUAUCUUAACCCCUUGGCCGUCCAUACGCCAGCUGUUGGCGUUUUUCUAAAUGCGCGCGCCUGUUCAACGCCAGCUACUGGCCUAUUUUUGCCGCCGUAUUUUAUUUGCAGAAAUGACCUUUAAAAACUGUGUCUAUCCUGCUCAAAGUCGCAAAACAUACGGAGAGUAAGACAAGGAUAGAAUAUACCAUGACAUGUCAAGCAGUUUCCCGCCGGAACGUAAUUAUGAUUCAGUGUAAAAUUACGCCAUUGUUGACAACUUGUGGUUGUGUUUGAGGUGGAGGAUUUUUAUUGUUAUAAUGCAGGGUAUCAAAAUUUGCCGAUAUAAUAUUUUAUGAAACUUGUUCGCUCUUUUGCAAUAUCUUCUUGUUUAUUCUUCAGUUUUAUUUUUAAGUUAUGAAGUAUGACUCUUUUUUAAUGUUUGUGUUUCAGAUCGGGCUUUGUUGUAUAAAUAUAUUUAUAUUAGUCAUGAAAUGUGGAGUGGUGCCAUUUUUUUUAAAGAGAACAAAAGUGUAGGUAUGGGGAGGUGUUGAAGUCAUAACAACGUAAAAAAUAAAUUAAAUUUAAUAUUAAGUUUCGUAUGUUAUAAAA